CCUAUAAAAUCAUGGAAAACAAUAGGCAUUUUUGGACGGAAUUUAUAGAAAUUUAUCAAGAGCAUUCUUGUUUAUGGGAUGUCAGAUCUAAUGAUUAUUCUAACAAACAUAAACGUAACGCAAGUUACGAAAUUCUCUUAAGAAAAUUAAAAGAAAUAAACCCAACAGCAACGAUGGAACUUUUAAAGAAGAAAAUUAAUAAUAUGAGAACAGCUUUCCGAAGAGAGUUGAAAAAGGUACAAGAUUCCAAAGGAACAGGCAUAGGAACAGAUGAUUUAUAUGAACCGACACUUUGGUACUAUGAUUUGCUACUGUUUACAUCACAAUCAGAAAGCGGCAGAAAAGGAAGAGCGAUUGACGAAGAUGAAGUAUCGGAAAGUAAUAACACAAUAAAUGCUGAUGAUAAUAGUGAAUAUGAAAUACGAUUUUCAUCAUCGCCGCCUUUAUACUCUCCUCUUAAUUUGGGAAGUCAAGGACCUUCGGCAGAGGAGAAGACUACCUCAACACCACUAUCUAGUACAACUUUAUCCUGCAGAACCAUUGCCAAAUAUCAAAAGAGAACAGUUUCUAAGACGAUUAAUGAAAGUGAACUAAAAAACAGCGUUUGAUGGAUUUAGCUCAUACUGCGUUGAUUAGAGAUACAAAUAAUUAUGAAAAUGAAACUGAGUAUGCAAUUGCAGGUAAACGAAUAGGUUACCAAUUACAAA